AUGCGCUAUAGAGAAUAUACGACGAAUGUAGAUUUCCCAUCGAUCGCUGAAGAGACCUGCGAGCAACGUAGGUCUGCAAUAGCGCUACAUGAGAGUGGCAUUAGGCAAUUAAGCGUAGGAACGGUAGAACUCCAAAGACUGUGUAGCGAGAUCAGAGAGGAGUUCAAAAUUUGUAAAAAUAAUGCUGAUAGGAAGGAAGUAACGUUCGGAAUAGAGGAAAUGGUGAAAGGAUCAAAUCUUCACCCCAUAGUGGCCGCUACGGACGAGGUUGGUAUUAUGCUCGCUGAUGCCUUGAUGAAGGACAGUGCGCAAGGGACAGAUUAG